AUGGGCAGCGUGUGGAAACGGCUUCAGCGCGUUAACAAGCGGGCGGCCAAGUUCUCGUUCACCGUGUCCUACCACGAGCUGUUCAUGGAGACGACGGCAAAAUGGCGCCCCAACAAAUUGCACGUCGUGUGGACACGGCGAUCGCGUCGCGUCGUGUCCAGUGCCCUCGAAUGGCAGCCGGAUUUGAUCAAUCCGCUCAGCAGCAACAUGUCGUGGCCGAUGCCGGACAACCACUCGAUCGCCGUGACGCUCUUCAAGGACAUUCGCACGCACGAGCUUGAGGACAAGGACUGGACGUUCGUGCUGGAGGACGUUUCGCAGCUGGGCAAGAAGCGCAUGCUGGCAUCCGCCACGAUCAACAUGCGCAAGUACGCGAGUAUUGAAUCGACGCAGCAAACGUUCACGCUUCGGUUGCGGCCGGUUUCGAAAAAGAUCCUGGCCGCCAAUCUUGAGCUCACGCUGAGCUGCGUUUUCCUGCGCGAAGGCAAGGCAACCGACGAGGACAUGCAGAGCAUCAUCUCGCUGAUGUCGGUGAACAACGUGUCGGACAUUGCACCCCUUGACGAUCUGGAAGACAUACCGGAUCUGGAGAACACGAUGGACUACUUCACGGAGAACAUGUCCGACCUGACGAACCAGCUCGAGCAGCUGACGACGAGCCUAAACAGCUCCGAGCUACUGACGCCAAUGAGCGGUGUCCCUUCGCUGCUAUCCGACGACCAGACGCCGAUCGUCGGUGGCUCGCGGGAAAUGUUCCUCGAGAUGCUGCACGAGAAGGGCUACGCAUCGAAGGAACUGGACGAGAAUGAAAACAAAGCACCCCAAGAAUCACAGGUACCGGACCAACAAGAUGCUGCUGGUGGGAGUGAGCGGCGAAGAGCCGAGGAGGACCGAUCGACACCUAGUCAGCGGGAAGAGAUACCCGCCACGGUGGCCACGAUGGAACGGGAAGCAUCGAAUGAGGUUGACGAUGAUCCGUUAUACCAACAAAUGGACGCCCUGGAAGCACUCGGAGAAAAUGAGGACAAUUCUGGCCGCUCGACCCCGCUUGCACCGUCGGCACGUGAUCCAUCGCCGGAACCAGCGAUACCAGUUAACGAUACGAAAGAGACCCAGAGCCACGCUGCACAACCCAUCGCGGAGGGGCCGGCUUUUAACAGCAACCGGCCGGAGCUGAAACCGCUAAACUUGAUCAAGAACUACGAUAACGAACCUUCGAGGGCGGAUGACACACGUACCCCCGAAAAACCCAAAGAGCCCGAGGUGUCCGACAGCGAUGUUUCACGGCCUCCGGUGGUGGCUCCUGUCGCACCGGUUGGAGACUUUAUUAAACCUCCCAGUAUCCUGCUAAAGGACAGCACACCGGGUCAGGAUCUGCUCGAGUGGUGUAAGGAGGUCACGAAGAACUACAACGGUGUGAAGGUCACGAAUUUGACCACCAGUUGGCGCAACGGAAUGGCUUUCUGUGCGGUCAUCCACCACUUCUAUCCGAAUUUAAUUGACAUGAGCAAACUGUCUCCGGGCAAUGUGAUCGAAAACUGUCGCACGGCGUUCGAUGCGGCGGACAAGCUCGGAAUACCGCGGGUGAUCGAACCACGGGACAUGAAUCUGUUGGCGGUUCCGGACAAGCUCGCCGUCAUGACGUAUCUUUACCAGCUGCGAGCGCACUUCACGGGCCACCAGCUGGAAGUGCAAUCGAUCGGAGAAACCACGGAUGAUUCGAGCUAUGUGAUCGGUAACUACAAGUCGGACAACCUCUGCAAAAACCUGCUCAAGCUUACCGACAUCAUCACACCGAACAACGACGAUCCGUUCGCUCCAAAGCUCGAUGCCAAGGCGGCCCGGUUGGCCAACUCGAAGCACCUGUUGGGCCGGGUACUGUCUCCUACCAAAGACGAUCUACCCAAUUUUCCCUUCAACCUACCGGUUGCUGUAGUGGAUAGUGCCGGUCAACCAAGGCCACCGGAUAUUAAUGGGAUUGGUACGGAAGGCAGUGUGAUCAACGGAAUGGAAAGUGGGGAAACGACAGAGAACGGCGUUACGGUGGCAACGAUGAUGCUGGACGGUGAUCAGCGCAAUGGAACCGAUACCGACAUGGUGACCGAUACCCAAAGAAAUAGCCAAAACAACAACGACAAAGCGCCCAAUAGCGAUGAUGAAGAAAUUCAAACACUACCGUCCAACCCGUUGGAUUUCAACAAAGCGAAUAAAUUGAUUUUACGGCACAAAGAAAUGAGCGAACGGGCACGGCCCAUGAUAGAACGGCUCAGGGCGGCGCACGUAGAUAGCAAGGGUAACAAGGACACAGCCGAACGGCAGGCCCGGUUACGCGAGGAAGCGCGAAAACUGAUUGCGGGAGCAAAACUAAAGCUGUCCGGGCUGGAUUCACCGGCGUCACCGCACAAACUGCGCGGUGGCCAACAACUGUCACCGGACCGGGCAAUCUCGCCCAUCAACAAUGGGUCCGAGUUUAUCUUUCCCAUUGGCAUGCCAUCGCCCCACCACCGGAAGGACAACUCAAGCUCGUCGCCGAUGCAUAGCCUCAAUCACUACAAGGCAUUGCACGGGGCAGACGAGACCAUCAACGGUCAACCGCAUCUGUUGAAACGUGGCACUCCAUCCCCAAGCCAUCUGAUUGAGUUCAUGACAGGAAAGAACGAUAGCGACGGUGGCCAGGUUGAACGUGUAAAUUACAUUCAAAGUGAGCUUAACAAACUGGAACGCGAGCAGGAGGCAAUCGACCUGAAGGCGAACGCACUGGAAAAGAAAUUACGCGCUGUGAUGGGAGGAACGAUGACCAACGUUUCCGAAACGGAGGAUCAACUAAUGUCCCAAUGGUUUACGUUGGUCAACAAAAAGAACGCCCUGUUGCGGCGACAGAUGCAGCUUAAUCUACUUGAACAAGAGAACGAUCUUGAGAAAAAGUACGAAAUGCUUAAUAUGGAGCUACGGGCUGCCCUAUCGGUGGAGGAUUGGCAAAAGACGGAGGAGCAGCGCGAAAAGGAAGCACUGCUGCUGGCGGAACUGGUAGCGAUCGUCGACAAGCGAAACGAACUGGUCCAGAACCUGCACAGCCAGGAGCAGGCCAUCGAAGAUGACGAUGAGAUCGAACGGAAGCUGGAAACGGUGGACAUUAACCAGAAGGACGAAAAAUGUGUCAUUCAGUGAAGAGGAGAAGAAGCUUCUCCUGUGAUCGACGACGAAAAUGGGUUUCUGUGCAAUCGGAGAGAGUUAUUAUUUGGAAGACGCCACGCCAUCACCACUGGAUGAGGACGAGUAUGCCAUGACAGAGACGAAACCUCCUUCAGAGAACGUGUCGGCGACGCGCCACAACGUACAAGUACAAUCAUCGUUUAGUACACGACACCAUCGCCACCACCUGAGCCUCGGUUCCGUUCCUGUGCGGGAUUUGUAUUCCGUUUUUUGUCAUCAAUUCCGUCCGCUGAUGCCGUGCGUCUGUGCGCCACACGGGCGCAGCGUCGUGUUGCGUUGUGACAUAGCGUUUGUCUACGUUAAACCUUGAACGGAUCAUCGUUCGAGCCCCGUUAGGUAGUAUGACCCCGAUGAAUGAUCGAAGGACUAUUGUGACUAUUUAUAGAGGGGGUUUCUGGGAUUCGACGUAGAUCGUUUUCUUUUUUUGUUUUUUGACAAGAAAGAUUUGGAGAGAACUCCUCUCGACAAACUGUGCAAAUACUUAUUUAUUGUUGUAUAAGCCAUUAGAGUCGCUGUUAAGUGUAGAUUUUGCGCAAAAAGCGCCUGGAACAGAGAUUUUGAUGUCGUGUCAUGUCGUUUAGCUAUCGAAUCAAAGGUCUUUUCGUUUGCCGCAGUCAGUCAGCCGAAAGAACAUAAUAUUGCAUAUUAUUAGUGUUAGAAGCGCGCAAGGGGAAGUGAAUCGAGGCGUCGCCUAACCGGCCCGAGUUCCGUGCUCGACUGUGCCCGACGUGUGGUCCCCUGUCGAAGUGAUAUUAGAAAGCGUUGAAAGCGAGUGAAAUUUUCCUUUUAGUAACUAAACUAGACGAUCAUAUUUUAAUCUACAAAUACACGCGUACAUUCUACAACCCGAUAGCUGAUAGCGGAUAGUUAGAAGCUUCUUUUUUUCCAAACACCUAAUCGGCCGAUGGCCGAUGUUUCUGUAAUGGUUGUGGCGCAAAUGGUGGGCUUUUAUUUUUUGGGUAAAGAAAAGGAAAACACCACUUUGACACUCCUGUCCCAUUCCCUUUCGCCGGCUAUGUUUUAAAGCUCGUGGACACGCGGACUCGCGCCCUACAUAACUUGCUGUACAUAGAGAACAUAAUGCGAUUUCUUUAGUUUUCUUAGAGGUUGUUUACGACUUUUACAAACUAUGUAGCCUGGAGUAAUAGGUUUUGUAAGACAUUUUAAUGGAUAUCUUUGUGUUUUCCCAGUAUAAUCAAAACAGGGGAGUGUGGAUAUACUUUUCAUAUCGGCUUUGCAAUCGUAUCGCUUUUGUAGCAACACAAAAUCGUUGUGUAAUAUUGAAUCACUUACCUUUCACUGUAGCACCACAGAUCUGGACCCAGGAUGUCAACGGACCCUCACAUAGAUUACAGCUAUUCUAGUCACAGAACCACAGUAUACUAUAACACGCAAUAACAGUACCACCAUGUCCGCAGGAGGAAUUCUUUACGAGGUCCUUUAUUUACUACCGCGCUUCCUUUUGGUGGUUGGUUUUCCGAUCUUCGGUGUCGGUGCAAUGGGCAAUCUAUCUACGGGAAUUGAUAACACGGAAGUAAACCGGAGGGAAUUAAGAAUUAUACUAUUCGCCGAUCCCUUCUUAAGGCAAGUGACCACAAAGAACAAAUAGCGUAGAUUGAUAGCGAGAGGGAGCGAACGAGGUGAGCUUUCUGGUUUCUGCUGGUGUAUAAAACCAAAGAAAUUUGAACGAUGAGGAUUUAUAGGCGGUAUAGGAGUAUCGGAUUUCCCCGCGUGGAAAGUCCUUAACAUGCUCAAUGAAAUGAGAUUUCCCUUCGAAUGCGCUUCGGAGAUCGGGAAUAGCAAGCUUCUCCGCGCUCCGGACUUCGGCUGGCACGAAGUUACGUGGACUUUUGGCACUUUUCCUUAGGCGGUGCCGUGCACACAAUGCACACAACUGCGUUGCAUCUGCUCCCAAAAUACAGUAUUUGAUUUUUAUUGACAAACAUUUUACCCUCAAGCGGUUCAGUUUUGAGAGCAUUUCUCCAUUCCUGUACCAGACAACACACGUUUGGUUGAAACCGAUUGCACAACUCCCGCGGCAAGCAUCGAAAUAAUAGAUAAUGCAAAACAGCUAAGAUACAAACGAAUAAUCAUUACAUUGCUCAUCAAAAAUCGUAAAACGAAAUACACGCACGCACUCAUCUGUAUUAGCUAAAAAAGGUUCGAAUGAAGGAGAGUGCAGCGAAUGGUCGAAUAAAUUACUGUCUCAACGUAGCUAAAGCUCACCACAAUUCCACAGAUACAAUACAAUCGGAGAAAAAACUCGCUAAAAUUUCGAACCAGCUUUGGUGGGUGGUGCCUCAAACGGCCGAAACGGUUUUGUGAGAACCGAGUGGACGGAUCGUCGUCUUGUGAUGGCAAAACAGUCAAACUGGGAGCCAUCUUGGGUGAUCACUUCUUUGUUUGCUCUGAUGAUGGUGAUGACUGUUGUCGAACGCCCGUUUGCCUUUGACAAGCAUUUGAUUGAAGUAGGCUUAGGCAGGGAAGAGGUUGAAGAAAGGCUUGAUUGAAGGGAUAGGUUCGCGCCAGAUCUUGUUACUCAAUGCUAACACACUGCGAAGCAUAAUAAAAUUGUAUUCGUCGGGACGGGACACGGCGAUGGCCACCUUCCGGAGAGGUUGGCGAUAUUUUUCUUAACCUAGCAAAGAAGAACAUACAUUAACAUUAUCGGAAGGACGACGACGACGACGACGACGAUAGAUGUAAAAAACGUAACGGAAGAUACCACAUCACAGAGCUGUAUUUAUAUACAUAUAUACCGUAUAUAUACACCCAAGGCCACACUUCUGGAAGCGAGCAUUAUACAUUAUACAUAAGAGUCAGAAAAAAAUCAUAUAUAUUUUUCCUCGUAAAAUAUAUACACAUUCUCUCGACGCGGCCCGGGAACUCGUCGUACACUACGCCCCAUGUGCUAUGUAAGUAGGUUUCUAACAAACAGACGAGCAGAAAGAAAAAGGAAGCAGAAACACAAAAUUAAAUGCUUGUGGAUGUGGAACAAAACACGAAAA